GAAAAAAAAGCCGGUCUUAAGCCACAUUCUCAUCAUUAUUUGAUUUUUUUUAAUAUUAUGAGCUCGGAAAAUGGAGUGGAGGUAUCAGACCCAGAGGAAGGCCCUUGCAAUCGGCGACAAUCCAGUGGAUCUUGCGAGCCAGAAAACUCGGAUAGUAUUUUUCAAGGUGAAAACCAGCUCUACCCAUCUCGCCGAACAGCAGCAAAUCACGAGCAUCAACAACAACAAAAGUCCAGUUCAACACUCGAUCUUCCUGCAAACGUGCUUCACGAGUAUGCAUCUUCGAGUCCUCCACAGAGUUCAUCUCGUCACGUACACUCCUCAUCCACGUCAUCACUUGGAGAAGUUGCAGCUUUAUUCGGAACACGAUUCCCACAGGACGAGGGAAAACAAGCAUCAAAUGUUGAGAAGGCCGUUAAUAUUUUGCCAGUGAGCAGAAAUUUAGCUGAACAUGUCUCGAAUUUAUUUGCGAUUGGCAGGAAACCGGUAACAAUUGUGCAGAAAAAAAAGCCGACAAAUCAUCCGGAAGAAAACCCAGGAGCACGUCCGCUUUUAGGAUGGCAAGCUGACAAGAAGACGCUGAGAGAACGGAUCGAACAUAUGUAUUGCAAUGAGACACUCGCUGAUGUAUUUUUUGUUGUGGGAAUCGAUGAUUCUAGACAACGAAUUCCAGCACACAAAUUUGUUCUCUCAAUUGGAAGUGUUGUGUUUGAUGCAAUGUUUAAUGGUGGACUAACUCCAAAAAAUACAGAAGAAGCUCUAGAAAUCGAAUUGCCAGACGUUGAGCCAUCCGCAUUUUUAGCUCUUCUCAAAUUUCUCUAUUCGGACGAAGUGAAAAUCGAAGCAGAAUCAGUUAUGACAACUCUAUACACAGCGAAAAAGUACGCGGUACCUGCGAUGGAAAAAGAAUGUGUUCGCUUCUUAAAACAACGACUUGUUCCUGACAAUGCUUUUAUGAUGCUCUCACAAGCAAAAUUAUUCGAUGAGCCAGAUUUGAUGCAAAAGUGUCUAGAGGUCAUCGAUAAAAAUACACUGGAAGCACUGAACGGAGAAGGAUUCACUGAAAUUGAUCUAGAUACACUAUGCGAAGUUCUGACAAGAGAUGGUCUACGGAUACGAGAGAUAUUCUUGUUUCAGGCUGUUCUACGAUGGGCGAAGUUCGAAGCAGAGAGACGGGGAAUGCCAGCCAAUGGAGAUAGUCGUAGAGCUGUUCUUUCAAGAUCAAUCCCUCUUAUUAGAUUCCCACUUAUGAAGAUCGAUGAAUUUGCAUUGCACGUUGAGCCCAGCCACAUUCUCUCGGAUCGUGAAAUGAACAAGAUAUUCAAAUAUCUCGCAGUGUCUCCACCAGAUCGACCAGUUCUUGUCUACUCUGAUAGGCCACGAUGUCAGAUUUCAAGCACAGAGUACGUGGUUUCAAGAUUUCAACGAAUCGAGAAUCGUUGGGGAUUCUGUGGCACGUCUGAUCGUAUCAAGUUUAUGGUGGAUCGGCGUAUUUUUGUUGUCGGAUUCGGGCUUUAUGGUGCAAUUUCUGGACCACAUGAAUAUAAGACGCAAAUCAAGAUUAUCCAUUGUGGAACGAACAAAACAUUGGCCGAGCAUGAUACCAGUUUUGUGUGUGACGGAAAUUCUAGACCAUGCCGAGUCUGUUUCAAAGAGCCGGUGGAGAUUCUUCCUGGUAUAACCUAUAUUGCAGCAGCUCUGAUCAGGGGCCCUGACUCGUAUUACGGCACAAAAGGUCUUCGGCGUGUCAGCACUCACGACAGCGACGUGACGUUCCAAUUCACAUAUGCAGCAAUGAACAACAACGGAACAAGUGUUGAAGACGGACAGAUUCCGGAAAUUAUCUACUAUACAGCAGCCGAGUGAUACAUUUAAAUUCGUUUGUGAAUGCUCCAUGUACAUUUGUGUGAUUAUCUCUGAUCAAAAUCUUUCUGCAAACCAAGUACAAUAUAAAUAAACAUAGAUCUUUUCGAAUUC